AUGAGCAGAAAUAAAGUUAUAAAGUUCGUUCGGUUUGAUAACAGAAAUCAACAAAGCCAACCCUUAGAUAAACCGAUAAAUUUCGUCUUGAUUUCCGAAGUUUGGGGCAAAUUCAUCGAUAACAAGUCAAGCUGUUAUAAACCAGGUAUCUAUUUAUAGAUGAACAAUUUCGUUUCCAACGAAAGCAAGGUGUAGAUUUACACGGUACAUGCCCAAUAAAUCGAACAAAUUUGGUAUGAAAUUCUGGUUAGUUUCCGAUGUCAAAAGCAAAAUAUAUAGUAAACGGCUUGCAAUAUUAAAAUGUGAAAAAUACGUAUGUGGCAAAUGUACAAUCAAGAAUCCUCUAAUUUAUAAACAAUGUGGUGAAACGGAAUAAAAUAAACAUUACUUAUUUUUAAAUAUAAAAAAAUAUUUUGUUCACUAUCCAAUUGUUUAUAAUCUUCAUUCUGUAUUAAGAAAUAUGUUUUUUUUUCAAAGUGGUCAUAUGACCUCUUACCAGAGGAAUAUGCACGAAGGCUUGGUAGGUUUAGUGUUAAUAUCAAAUAA